AGAUUAAUAAAAAUAAUAUCUCAGCCUUUAGUUCUUGGAAACAAAGUUAUAAACCAGCCCGAUAAUAAUCCUGAACGACAUUUGGUGUGUGUGAGCUAGAUUUAACCCGGAGCUGAGUGACAUGUGCGCUGCUUCCACCUCUGUGUGGACAGACGGAGACGCGACUGGACAUGCAUGUACAAGUGACUGCUGCUGGAUAUUCGCGGAUUAUGAUGGACUGAGAUCAGGGAAAAUGGAAGCGUGACUGGAUGCUUAUUACAAGACGCCAGAGUAGAAAAGAUGGGACUCAGCGCUGCACUGAUGAUUUAAUCACAGUUAGUAGCUCUCCAGUUGCUCUGGCUUCUGUAAAACGGCCAGUUGGGUUGCUUUUGACCAGGUUUAGAGAGUUUCACCAUCCUGAGCUGAAGAAUAGUAAACAUGACUGCGGCAAAUGAAAAGUCUGGCUCAGCUCAGCUCCAUAGACAUGGAUAGACCCCUCUUGACCGCUACUGCCUAUGGGUGCUGACCAGCGGUGGCGCCACCAUCUUGGAUCGGUCGAGCUGCCCCCUCCCCCUCAACAGAGGCAUUGAAGUCCAUGCAGCAGGUGCUGGACAACCUUAAAGACCUGCCUUCAAGCACAGGAGCUAAAGAUAUUGACCUCAUCUUCCUCAGAGGCAUCAUGGAGAGCCCCAUUGUCCGCUCCCUCGCCCAGGCUCAUGAAUGUCUUGAGGACAUUAAGCUAGAAGCUGUGCGAGAUGAUAAUGUUCAACUGGUCGCAGAGAUCUUAGAUUCUCUCAACAUGCUGCCAGGAAAAAAUCUUGCUGCGGCUGAGCUGGCCAGAAUCCUCCAGGAGCCUCAUUUUCAGUCUUUAAUAGAGGCUCAUGACGAAGUGGCUGCAAAGGCCUACAAGCCAUCCCACACUGCUGAAAGCUGCAACUCCAUUUUGACAAGUUCACUCAUGCCAGCUGAUGCUGUCCGGAUGAUUGGCAUCCAGAAGAGAGCCGGGGAGCCUCUGGGAGUGACGUUCCGUGUGGUUCAGGGGGAGAUGGUGAUCGCGCGGAUCCUGCACGGUAGACCCAUCGACAAGCAGGGCAUGCUGCACACAGGGGACAUCAUCCUUGAGGUCAACGGUCAUGAAGUUGGGAGCAACCCCCGUGAACUCCAGGAGCUGUUAAGGGACUGCAGCGGGAGCGUCACACUAAAGGUCCUCCCAAGCUACAAAGACUCACCAGCACCCCCACAGGUGUUUUUGAAGCCAUACUUUAGCUACAACCCUGCCACAGACAACCUGACCCCCUGUAAAGAGGCAGGACUGGCCUUUUCCAAAGGAGACAUACUUCAUGUUGUCAACAGAGAAGACCCCAACUGGUGGCAGGCAUGCAAAGUCGUUGGUGGAGCCACUGGCCUCAUUCCCAGUCAGUUCUUGGAGGAGAAGAGAAAAGCUUUUGUGAGAAGAGACCGGGACGCUGCUGGUACAGGGAUACUCUGUGGACGUCUGACAGGAAAGAAAAAAAAGAAAAAAAUGAUGUACCUCACUGCCAAAAAUGCAGAGUUUGAUCGUUAUGAGCUGCAGAUCUACGAGGAAGUAGCCAGAAUGCCUCCAUUCCAAAGGAAAACACUGGUUCUGAUAGGAGCUCAGGGAGUCGGGAGGAGGAGCCUGAAAAACAGACUUAUUGUUCUGAAUCCUUUCAGAUAUGGAACCACUGUCCCCUUUACGUCCCGCCAUCCUCGAGAAGAGGAGAAAGAUGGACAAAACUACUGUUUUGUGACACGAGAAGAAAUGGAAAAGGACAUAAAAGAGAGUCGAUACCUGGAGCAUGGCGAGUACGACGGAAACCUCUAUGGCACCAAGAUCAACUCUAUCCACGAAGUGGUGGAAGCUGGUCGUAUGUGCAUCCUAGACAUCAACCCUCAGGCCCUGAAAGUGUUAAAGACUGCUGAGUUCAUGCCAUUUGUGGUGUUUAUCGCUGCUCCUGAUUUGGACACACUAAGAGAUAUGCACAAAGCUGUGGUUGACGCUGGCCUUACUACCAAACUACUCACGGAGACUGAUUUAAAGAAGACCGUAGAUGAGAGUGCCAGGAUCCGCCGGGCGUACAGCCACUACUUUGACCUGACUAUUGUCAACGACAAUCUGGACAAAGCUUUUGACGUGCUACAGGACACCGUAGAGCAAUUAUUAGUAGAGCCUCAGUGGGUUCCAGUCAGCUGGGUCUACUGAAGCUCUACGGGACAGAUGUGCUUUAACACCGUGGCACGGUUUCAGACAGCAUCCCUAAGUUGUCCCUGUUUCGUACAGACAAAGCUGCAUCGGUCACCUUAAUCUGCAUUGCCAUUUUUCUUUCAAGCACACUAUGCAAAUCUCAACACACAGGAAGUGUACUUAUUUAUUGCCAAAAUAUUUUUAAAGAAUAUUUUUAUUUUAUUAUAUUAGGAGGAAUAAUACUGACCCUUGUGUCUGGUUGUAGGUGAUUUUUAGCCGCAUUAACUUUCACAUCUGUAUGCUAGGUUGUAUUUUUUUUGCAGAAUGAGGGCUAUCUAAAAAGAAAUAAUAAAUAAAACUAAAGGAUACAAUGUGAUACCUCAGUGUAAAGUUUACAGUGUGCAAGUGUCCACUGCUUUAAGUCCUUUAUAGGGAGCCUAAGUCAUGCACAUCUUCUUCCGGACCACGGGUCCCCAAAAGAACGAAAUAAUGAAUGCAAAAUUGGUGGGGCUAAAAACGUUAUUUUCUGAUGCCGCGCGUUAUGUACCAUGGAUUUCACAUAUGAUGUCCGUGAAUUUUAAAUAUGCAUUUUGAUACCAAGAAAGUGCUUAUCUUUGAACGAGGGGAAACUUUAUUUUAGGUUUAAUGUGAAAAUCUGUCUAGGACUACAAAUGCGCAUCACCAAAGGGACGUCAUCAAACCAGACACGGAGAAGAGCAGAGGGAAAAUGGCUGUAAAUUCAGCAAACUUCAAAUCCUACCUUGAGAAGGAAAGAACAACCCAAAAUAUGGCCAUUUGGUAAGUAGCAGCUACGCUAGGGAAGAGGUGCCUAGCGUAGCGUGUCUGUGCAAAGUGCUGAUGUCUGAUUUGUAGUUAAGUUAGUAACAAACUUUUGCAAGUUGAUAAAUCUCAAAGUACGUGACUUGUGUGGUCGAAACACGCUUGAUUAAUUUUCAUUUAAAUGGAAAUAUAACAAAUGUGCAAUCCAGGGCGUAAGGCUACACGGAUUGGAAAAUAACUCUUUUUAGCCCCAUUGACUUACAUUUAUUUAUUUUUUGUUCAUCCGGGGACCAAUGAGCUGACUGGAAAGGGAGGAGCCUAACCCCAGUGCAAACUGGAAGCAAAAGCGGCGCGGAACGGCACAGCUUCAAAUAGAAUCCAUUAUAGUAUAUGGAGAGUAACAAAGCAGCCGUGACGCAGCAAUUUUCGCACGCGUCCCAGAAGUGGCACGCCGCUAAAGAUAGGAUCAGGUUCUGUUUUUUUCCUUGAGCCGCUUCUUUGAUUUGUUAAUUGCCGCAGGGCUAGACAGGAAAUCGCACAUGGUUUCAGUGUAAAAUCCCUGGAAAAUUUCAAUGUAAAAGUAUUGCAGCGAUGCUAUUUCAUAUAUAUGAAGCUUACGUGUCACCUAAUGGCUUAUUUACUCACACCAUCGUUCCAUAAGUGCAGCGGUGUGUGUUUCAUGGCUUUAGUCCUGGCAGUGGAGAGGAACAACAGCAAUCUAAAACAUAAUUUCCUUUUUGUUUAAUGGUGGAUUGCAUAAACAAACUGUACCCUUUGAAGUCUUGAGGGAUCAUGUGAUCUUGCGAGGAGUUUGGCGGAUGUCUCGAGGCCUUUUGUUAUAUUGUGAGUCGAGCGAGGGUCAUGGCUGAGGAGCCGCUUUGCUGCUGAGAUUCUCCCGGUGUGCACUUAAGUGCUGUGAUUGUCGCCAGUAAACAGUUCCGCUGCCGUUCCACGCUGCUUUUGUUUCCAGUGUGCAGUUGGCAUUAGGCUCCCUAUUGCUAAAUCCUGAUCUAAUUCUCCCCUUCUUUUGAUUUCAACAUAAUGAAUAACAUGGUUUUUGCACAAGGGGAGCUAUACUGUAAUGUAUUACCAGUGCUCACAGGAGCACCAAAAAAUAUUCCUGCUUUUUGACAUAUGCAACAUGUACAUGUUUGACAGUUAGACCCGUGGAUUUGGUGCUGUGUUUGUGUUAACAAGAAAGAAAAUUAAUUCCUGUGAUUCCUGAACAGGGUACUUCAUCUCAGCAAACGAUCCCUUUUGAUGUGAUAUUACUAAAACGUAAAUGUUUUGAAUGAAGUUCAUAUUUACUUAAUAAAAGGUAUUUUUUGGAAGACUUCAGAUUAAAUGUGUUUUCAGAUGUUUAAUAAAUAACUAGUGUUUUCUUAUAA